AAGUGUCAUCCUUAUCAAUUUCCGUCCCUCCACUCCUUCCUAGCGCUUGAGCAAAAGGCAUGGGAAUAUGGGAAAUAACGAUAAUAGAAUGUAAUGCAAUGCAUGCAGACAUGCAGCAGUGCAAUGCAAUGAUGUGAAUUUGUGUAGUGUUUGAUUUGAGCAAAACAAUUUGUUAGCCGGUAGCCAUUUUGUAAGUUUUAUCCUUUAAGGUUUUCGGUUUUCUCUUGGCCGUUUGUUAAACAGUGACAUACAUCGAUUUGUGUUCUAUUUCAAUUAACCAAACAUUUCGCGUAAUAUUUGAAUCGCAAUGAUGCCCAGGGGAAACAAGAAAAAGAAAGACAAUAAGGAUAAAGAUAGGUCUGCUCCGCAUUCUAACUAUUCAUACUACCAAGAUAAAUCUCCAGCAAGUUCCGUGUAUUCAGUCCCUCAUAGUAAUGCCGGCCGGGGCCGAUAUAGAGGCUUCGGAAGGGGAGGUGUUGGCAGUGGCAGCCUUAUACAGCAUAAUCAGGAGAGUCAUUAUUCAUCUAAUAAUUAUACUCAAUCCACAUCAGAAUUCAAUUACGAAGACCGUUAUAAUAAACAUAUGUAUAGACAAAACGAUGCGAGGCCUUCGUCUAGUUUUCAAAGACCCCAUUCAGUAUAUGGCGACUCUUCUCUGUAUGUUGACAGGCCCUCUUAUGCAUAUGAUAAGCCUGCUGAUAAGCGGUGUCAGAAACCUACCGUCAUGCAAAAAAUUGAGAACAGAGUUGGGGGAAAACCAAAAUCAAAGCAGAUAGAGCUGGUGCAAUUCACAGUAUAUUUUUGUCCACAGUGUGGACAUCAAUACAAUUUUAGAUAUCAGCCAGAAAACAGACACUUCGGCAAAAUUCCACUCAUUUUACACUGCAGUCACACAAUGUGUCAAGAAUGCAUUUAUCAAGGAUUGAAAAACAGCAAAGUGAGCUGUCCGACUUGUGCCAAAGAGUCUGUAUUAACUAAGGAACAAGCACCCGUUUGCCAAUCAGACAUGCAAACAAUAUUUUUACCAAACUUUUAUAUUCUCGGGGUUGUGAAUUAUUAUUUUCAAAGCUCCAAUAAUUAUUUGAAGAAUCUGAACAGCCUGUCAUUAGUGUCUGCAACUGAAUCCAAAAAAGCAGCUCAACCAGUAUUACCCAGUCCUUCAGAACGUUGUUGUUUUGCAAGUUGCGAAAAGCAAGCUACCUUGUUUUGCCCUAGCUGUGAGGGUAUAUAUUGUAAAGAAUGCUGCAUUGUGCUACAUAAAAGCGCGAAAAACCUCAUGGCUCACGAACCUGUACCGAGACGUUCGUCAAUAAACAGUCUUAAUCUGGAGAACUGUGAUAUUCAUCCCGAAAUGCAGGUUGACUUUUACUGUAAAACUUGCGAGCUGUCCUCUUGUUGCUAUUGUGUAUUAGACAAGCACUCAGCUCAUGAAAGGACGGCGCUCUACAAACUUGAACCUGAUGAAAUGGAGGAGUUCAAGAAAUUACAAAAAAAUGCAGAAGCAGUAUUGAGACAAAUUUUAUCAGCUCAAAAGAAAGCUGCUAGAAUGGUCAACUUUGAUACAGGUCCUGUGAAAAAGGAAAUUUCCGGAAGAUUUGCAAAUUCGCAUGGGAAAUUACAAGCAAUUGAGAAAAAAAUGUGUGACGAAUUAGAAGGUUUCAAAACCAAUCACAAGGGAUUGGACAAUAUUCAGUCAUCCUUAAUGUCGUCGGCUGAACUGAUUAAAUCUUUGGUGGCUUUAAAUGAGGAGAAAAUAGGUGAUAAAAAAUUGAAUCUCAGAGGCGCCUUGGAUAAGCUGAGGACUAUAGAAAACAUUCCAAUAUUUUUAAUUAACCAAAACGGCCAUAGUGAUCCUGUCAGAUUUGUGAUUAAAAGUGAAACCAUGGAUAACAUUGAAGAAAACUAUGUGAUAGAAAAAUGUGACGACAGUGAAUUUAGAUUAGUUACCAAAAAUGAGCUACCUGAAAAUUAUGUUAUCGAGAGUGACACAGAAGUUGAUGUAGAGUUGAACACUUUAAUAAAAGACAUAAAAAUUGAAGAUUAUACAGUAAAAUCAGCACCAAUAAAAACUGCACCACAACCUUCAAGUGGAAGCACCAAUGAAUCUAAAAAUCAGUCGAGACGUAAAUCAAAAACUCCAGCGCGGCAGAAACUAGAUACUGAGAGGGUUGACGUGCUGCACGUAGAUUCCAUGUUCAGUUUUUACGUUCACUACAAAUACCAACAACCAAUUUUUCGCCAGUUGAAGGAAGACAUCGAGAAAUAUAUUAAAAUGGACGGAACACAAAUUGUCAAAGAUCCUGAAUUGAAUGAGCUUUAUUUGGCCUGCUACAAAUUUGACAGUCAAAAAGAGGAAAAUUGGCAACGUGCACGGGUCGUUGGCAUUACAAACACCGAAAAAGGACCUGCUUAUGAAAUGUUUUUCAUUGAUUUGGGCAAAACCGAAGUGGUAGAUUGGAAAAAGAUAACGGCACUGCCGAGCAUUUUAGCUAAACAGCAACCGUUGGCCAUCCAAUGCUCCAUAUAUAAUGCAAUGGUUUCUUCUUGGCACGAAACCGCUCAUUAUUCAUUGCUUCACAUUAUUCAAGGCAAGGAAACUUAUGUGACGGAAAUGUGUUAUAGGAACGGCAUUCACGAGGUGGAUCUUAUGGUUGCCUCUUUAGAUGGAGGACUCACAUCUGUAACUGAUAUGUUGGUGCACGUUGUUGGCGCUGUUGUGAAUGACAAUGAAGAUUCUACAACUUUUAUUCAACCAAAAAAGGGCAAAAUUAUUCUACCCUCAUUCAAGAUCUUUCCAAAUAGCAGUAAAUUCACAAAGAACCAGACUGAAAAAGUCAUCAUUGCCAAUGUUAUUGAUCCGGAUAAUAUUUUUGUGCAUUUGGUAAAGGAUGUUGGAAAGUAUAAACAGAUGAAUCUUGCUAUCAAAAAGUACUAUAAAGCUCCCACCACCAAAGCAUGUUUUCCAAUUGAAGGUUCCUAUGCGAUUGUCGAAUACAAAGACUCAAUCAGAUCAAAUUGGCACCGAGCGCUGAUUAAAAAUGUGGACUUGAAAACCAAUAAAGUUCAGGCUAUGCUAGUGGACUGGGGUUUGAAUGUAUUUGUUCCAACAUCAAAAAUUCGACCUCUAAUAGAGACAUUCACAAAACUAGAAACCCAAGUUGUCUUAUUAAAGCUAUACCACAUUGUCCCCUAUAAUAAACAAAUGAAUUGGUCGUCACAGAUGGCUACAAACUUUCUACAAUUCUACCAAACGCGUCAAGAAGAGUUAAAAAUGAUCGUUUAUGAGCAUCAUCCUAAAAUAGAAGUGGCGUUAUUUGAAAUCACUGGCAACGUGGAUAUUUGUAUUAACACCAAGCUUGUUGACAAUAAUUUUGCUGAUUCUGUUGGACCAAUAUCGACUAUUUUGGAAUGGCCCCAAUAUGAAGCACCAGCCCCAGUCUCUGAACAAGGCGGUUUCAUGUCAACUUUACUUCAAAAAGUCAACGAUGAAGCAAAUGGAGAAUCUGAUUCAGAGGACGCUUCUUAUGCUGGCGUCAAAAAGCGACGAGUUGACGUCAUUAAAGUUGAAGACCCCAAUAAUAUUUGGGUGAAAUACGAAGACUUGAAGAAUAAAGAGAGAGAACUGAUUAAAGGAUUAAGUAUACAUUAUAGCCAAGAGAAACACAAGAAAGAUAAGUGGGAAAUUGGAAUUAAAUGUGUGACCGAAGAUGAAAAUGCCUAUGUUAGAGGAACAGUCUUGGAACAAAUCAGUGAAAAUUCUUAUAAGAUUUACCUCUAUGAUAAGGUAAAGGAAAUAACAACUACAGUAGAUAAGAUUUACGUUUUGGACAACUUUUUGGCCAGAUAUCCUCAAGUGGCAUUGAAAGCCCAUUUAGCUUACAUUCGACCUGCAGGUGACACUGGUAAAUGGAGCAUUGCCGCAAUUGAAGCUUUGCAGGAAAUUUUCAACAGACAUAAAAGGAUUUACGCCAUUAUGGUGCAGGAAAAAGAAGAGGAUGUACCGAAUAAAAGCAUACCUCUAGAUAUGUGGUAUGGUUUGGUUAUCCAAGGAGGUCCCUUAGAACCAGACCGUCUAAAAUACGUCUCAAUCAGUAAUGCCUUGGUAAAAUUAGGGUGGGCCUUCAGAGUACAGCGGCCUGUGAUUCCGAAAAAAACAAUUUCUGUGACCGCCGAAAUACAUGAAGUUAAAACUGCCUCUAAUGGCGACGAUUUGAUGAAGAGUCUUCUUAAUAUCUCAGACAGUGAAACACCUGCUGCGGCAGAUAAAGUUCUUGAGGUUGAAGACACAUCAAAAGCAGAUGAUGCUGAAGGUAACAAAUUGUCCAAUGAGGAAGCAAAUGUACUAGAAAAAGAUGAAAUUGAAAUAAGCCAGGAACACGAGUUAAUUGAAAACAUCGGCAAAAAAUUUCAGGAAAUUUCUGAAAAAAUGACUGCGAAAAAAUUCUCAGACCAAGAAAGCUGGAAUGCCAUAAUUGAAGAAGAAAUGGAACACUCCAAAUCUGAGAUAAACUCGGACGAUGAAGAUAAAGAAAGCACCAAUUCCUCACCUUAUCACAAAAGCGAAGUGGCCAUUGACGAUUGGAUGCCAGCUUACAGGCUCAAAAAUCGAGAAUUUAGGGGAAGAGUAACUUGUGUUGAAACUAGCGGAAACCUAUAUGUGCACGAUGAAUCUUUGCAUAACAUUUAUAACCUGAUGGAAACUAAUAUUAAGGAAUAUUUUGACACCAAACCACCGAGAUGUACUGAAAAAAAUUGGCAAACUGGACAAUUAUGUACUAUUAAAUUUACUGAUGGAAAAUGGUACAGAGGUAAAGUCCUGAAGGUCAUAAAACCAGAUCUCAUCAGCGUGUUCAUGAUAGAUUUUGGCAGUGAUCACGAAGUUUCUCCUGACGCCCUCUUCAGAGAGGUACUUUACAUAGAUUUAGGAGCAUUUGCCACCCGAGUCAGAUUAGAUCAGGUCUACUCACGAUCCGGUACAUGGUUGACCUCUGACUAUGACCAUUUCAUGGACCUUUGUUCUGAUUGGUGUCGGAUUGUCGUUAAGGGACCACUCGAAGUAGAACUACCUUUAGUGGAUGUCUAUAAUGAAAGUGGUGUAUUCGUGAAUCGAAAAUUAGUAGAACUUUGCCCUAAUUUGUCCAUGUGCUCAAACUUUCCAAUUCAAACUGAAGAAGAAGAAGAGGAUGCUUGCAUUGUUAUUGAAAGUGAGGAAUGUGCAAAUGAGGUAAUGAAAUCUCUCAUGGAAAGAUUGGAGAUGCAACUUGUUGUGCCUCACUAUAACAAUACGUCUAGAUCAACUUACAGUGUGCGUCCUGUGCUUCAAGAGUUACUAGAUGGGGAAAAGGUCCUUAUGGAAAUUGGUGGCAUUCUGAAUUACGACCGUAUUCUAUUCCACUUACCAGAUAAUGACGUGAGUGAAGUAAUUUACAAUCUCAUCUUGGAUAUACAAGAUAUUGUUGGGAAUCUGCCCAAUUUAACUACGUUUACUGUUGGUACACCUUGUCUGGCUCCAUUUUCCGAAGAUAACGUCUGGUACCGAGCGAAAAUCAUGGGCAAUAAGCCGACCAGUGAAGAUUUAUUUGACGUGCUAUUCGUGGAUUAUGGAAACUCGCAAACAGUGGCUGCUAAAGAUUUGAAAAUAAUUCCGAAUGACUAUUUGGAGCUGGCGCAACAAACUUGGGAGGCCUCACUGAAUGUUACUUUGGAAAAAACUGGUGAUUUCAUUAAUGUUAUGCAGGUCAUAAAUGCACUUGACAAAAAGAAAAUAUUCGUCAAGCUUGUUAACGAGAAUCCAUUGGUUGUCGAUUUAUUCGACAAAAAUGGCAAAAUGUGUUACGCAAAUUUGAUUGACAACGGCUCGCUGAAACAAUUAAUGUGAUCAUCAGUAUAGUUCUCUAACUGAUUAGUUAGUAAGUAAGUAAGGCUGUAUUUUAGAAUUAUUAUGAUUUACUUUGGCUUAAGGGAAUUUAUUCUGCCCAGUACAUAUUUGGUUUAUAUGUAGGUUUAAAUUGGAUUAAUCUCUUUAAUUUAUUUUAAGAAAACUGAUUUUCUUUUUUUUGUGAUUAAGUUGUUUUGUAUGUUUUUGAUAAUAAAGUUUCAAUAUGGAGA